GGUUGUAGGCAUCGCUUUCAAUGUUAGGAUGAAGACAAUGCAUCGGAGCAGUGCAAAGUUGAAAUAACUAGGACAGAAGCAAACUAAAUUUAUAAUAAUGUUUGGAGAAGAAUAUGGAAGUUCUGGAUUUUAUAACAAGAAAGUUAAAUUUGUUGACCAUCUGAUGAUUUUGACUCAACAUUUAACGCCAGAAGUCUGACAUAAAAAUAGAAAAUCUAGGCUGGUGAACCAGCAUUGAAGAGGUAGCAUUUCGUGUUACUUUUAUAUGAGCCAAGAUGGAUCAGAAGAUUUUGGAUUUGGCAGCAGCUGAGGAUUGUCAAGGAUUGCUGCAGUUACUGCAGCGCAUGAAAGAACAGGAGGUUGGUGCCCUGAUAACACGUUAUGCUUUGAAAGGGAAGGAGAUUGGAAUGCUGAUGAGAGCUAUUUUUAAAGGUUCCCCAUGUGUUUCAAAUGAAGGAGUUUGUCUGAGGCUUUUUGUUUACAAACAUUGCAUGCAAUUAGUUGAAUCAGGAGAUCUACAAUCAGAUGUGGCAACAGACAUGAUUGGUUUGCUGAUGCUUGAGGCACAUCAACUCCCUGGAGCUGCUUUAGCUGAAUUGGCAAGCCUGUAUGUGGAUGCUAUCAAGGGAGGAAGCAUUAUCAAUGGCAAAUCACUGGAUCUUUUUCCUACAAUACUUACUGUUCUGGCCUCCCAAGAAAGCCUGAAUUAUGGUGGCGGUCACUUGAAUGGAGAAGAAUACAAGAAGCAACUAAUCAACACACUGUGUUCCAGCAGAUGGGAUCCAAAAUGUGUCAUUCACCUCACAUCAAUGUUUAGGGAUGUCCCACUCAGUAUAGAGGAACUUCAGUUUGUUAUGAUGAAAGUGCUGAGAAUGUUGCCCAAGUUGGACUUGCAGGAACUGCCUCCACUUGUCUAUCAGUUGCUUCUUCUCUCCGCUAAGGGUUGUAAGAAAACUCUUUUAGAAGGGAUCACAACAUUCUUCCAUCAACAGGAUCAGUUGCAGAAAGAAGAACAGACAGGAACUGAGUCCAUGGAGUUGGAGGCUGUAACAGUGCCACAGGACCAGCUUUGUCAUGUAGAAGGAACAGUCAUUCUUCAUAUUGUGUUUGCUAUCAAACUGGACCAUGAUCUAGGCCGUGAACUCAUCAAGUAUCUAAAGGCUGGCCAACAAGGAGAUACCAGCCGGGUUCUCUGCUCUUUUAACAUUGCAUUGAUGCUGUCUGUAGCUAGGAUACAUCGAUUUGAGGAGCAGGUGUUCGACUUUCUGAAAACGGCGAUUAUAAAAAGUUUUAAAGAUGGACAGUUUCAGCAAAAUUCAAAAUUCCUCCAGGAUUUGAUCCCUGCUCAAUGCAAUGUGUCUGAAAUGAUUUUGGAGACCGUGUCAAACAGUGUCUUUGGGUGGGACCAUGUUACCCAAUCUCUGGUACAGUUGGGAUUUAUAUUCAUGGAUUCUUUUGGACCAAAGGCUGGUCCAUUUGGGAAAGUUGCUGAGACUAACCCAAGUGCAGGAAAAACUCCAUCUCAACAGACUUGUAGAUUGGGAGCCAAGAUUCUUCUUGAAACAUUCAAAGUACAUGAGCCAAUUAGGAGUGAGAUCCUCGAGCAAGUUCUGAACAGGGUGGUGACAAAGAGCACAUCACCAAUCAAUCAUUACAUAGACUUGCUAUCUGAUAUUGUAAUCUCAGCUCCCCUCAUUCUCCUGGACUCUUCCUCCAAGGUGAUAGAGGCAUUUGACCACUUGUCCUACUUGCCCCUUAGCACAGUCCAGGGACUACUAAAGGCAGUGCAGCCACUGCUGAAAGUCAGUAUGUCCAUGAAAGAUUCGUUAAUUCUGGUUCUGAGGAAAGCCAUGUUUUCCAGCCACUUGGACUCCCGAAAGUCAGCAGUGGCUGGCUUUCUGUUGCUGCUGAAGAAUUUUAAAGUAUUGGGAAGUCUGGCUUCCAGUCAGUGCACGCAAGCUCUCACGGCCAGUCAGGUACAAGUGGAUGUGCAUAUGCGUUACAAUGCCUCUGCUAAUGAAGCGCUUUGUUUGGAGAUCUUAGGCAGCCUGAGGCGCUGUCUUAGCCAGCAAGUUGAUGUUAGGCUCAUGCUCUAUGAGGGCUUGUUUGAUGUUCUGCGUCGAAAUUCACAGCUGGCACAUACCAUCUUACAAACACUGCUUUCACAGCUAAAACGAUUUUAUGAAGUGGAGGAGGACCUACUACCACCUCUCAAGCUGGAAGGAUGUAUUACUACUCAGGGAAGCCAGAUCUAUCUCCAGGAGCCCCUGGCACAUCUUCUGUCUUGUAUCCAGAAUUGCUUGGCCUGGUAUAAACAGUCCUUAUCACACCGUCGCCAUGACAAUGAUAUUGAUGAUGACGAUGAUGAAGAUAGUUUUCAACAUGACUUGGAAAAACAACUGGAUUCAAUCACUCGAAGAAUGAUUAAGAGUGAACUGGAAGACUUUGAACUGGAUAAAUCAGCAGAUUUUUCACUAAUGUCCAAUGUUGGCAUUAAAAAUAACAUCUAUGCUGCCCUGGUAUUGGGAGUCUAUGAAGUUUUGAUGGAGCAUAAUUUCAUAACAAGCAACUACAGCCUGAAUCAAUUUGAAAACAUCAUAAGCCUUUUCAACCGUUACCACAAGCUUUCAGACCUAUUGAAAGAGAAAUCUGGGAAAGGCAAGUCACCCUCAUCAAAUAAAACUGCCAGGAGUCUUCUCAGCUUCAGUUUUGUCUCCUGCUUACUGACUGCACUUUUCAGGGAUAAUGCUCAGAGCCAUGAAGAGAGUUUGUCUGUGCUGCGUUCAAGUAAUGAAUUUAUGCGUUAUGCAGUAAGUGUGGCCUUGCAGAAAAUACAACAACUUGAGGAGACAGGGCAGACAGAUGGACCAGAUGGCCAAAAUGCUGAGAAAAUAUUCAAGUAUCUAUGUGAGAUCACUCGUGUUCUGCUGUGGAGAUACACUUCGAUCCCAUCAGCAGUGGAGGAAUCUGGAAAGAAAGAGAAAGGAAGGACUAUUUCGUUACUGUGUCUGGAGGGAUUACUACGCAUAUUUAACAUGGUGCAGCACAGAUAUCAGAACAAGAUCUCACAGUUCUUCAGUGCAGUAGAUGUGGUGAGUGAUGGUGAAGGAGAACAGGAGGACAUCAAUGUUACAGAGAAAGCAGCCUUCCACAUCAGACAGUUCCAGAGAUCCCUUAUGACACAACUGAGUGGGGAUGAAGAAGAUUUUAACAGCAAGGAAGCACAGCUUUUAGUGAGCAUACUGUCAACACUCUCUCGGCUAUUAGAACCCACAUCUGAACAAUUUGGCCAAAUGUUAACAUGGACUGUAAAGAUCUGCAAGGAAAAUAAUCUAGAAGAUGUACAUUUCUGUAAAGGGUUGAUGAGUAUGAUGUUUAGUCUGCACGUGCUGCACAAAAGUCCAGUGGGUUUGCUGCAAGAGAUGUCUCGAGAUGUCCACUGUCGCCUAGGGGAUAUUGAUCAGGACAUUGAAAUAGAGGAGCAAUCUCAUUUUGCCAUGGUGAACUCAAGGACUGCAGCUCCAACUGUGGUGCAGCUGAUUUUGAGCCAAGCAGAGAAAGUUCUGGAAGAAGUAGACUGGCUGAUCACAAAACUGAAGGGCCAGCUGAACUCUGACAAAGAACUGACAGAUGACAACUCUCAAAUGUCAAUGACAAGAGAGCCUGCAGAGAAAGCUAUUGUCCUUCAACUGGGCACCCUGUUGACUGCUUUUCAUGAGCUGAUCCAAACAUCCAUUCCAGCUGGAAGCUGUGUGGACAUUCUCUUGAAAGAGCUUGCUAAAAUGUACAGCAUUCUCACCUCGUUGGUGAAAUACUAUAUCCAAGGUUACACAGGUCAUGUGGCACAUCUUCCUGCAAGAUUUGAGAAACUGGUUAAACUUUCAGGAUCACACCUGACCUCACAGUGCUAUGCUUUCAUAACCUAUGUUCAGAAUAUUCAGAGUGAGACAGUGAACUUUGGAGGAGGACCAGAAAAGAAAAAAGACAAGAAGAAGGAGAUGGCAGCCAUCACUGCAGCAAAGGCCCGAGUGCUUCGUGAAACCAGGCCAAUACCCAACCUGAUAUUCUCCAUUGAGCAGUAUGAGAAAUUUCUGAUUCACCUAACCAAGAAAUCAAAGGUGAAUUUGAUGCAGUACAUGAAGCUCAGUACAUCAAGGGAUUUUCGAAUUAAUGCGGCCACUUUGGACGCAGCACUCCAGGAACAGGAAGCAGAGGAAAUUCAGGAUGAAGCAAAUGAGCAGUCAAGUGUUGGUAUGGAUGAAAACCAAGAAAACAGAGAACCAAAGAAGAAAAAAAGAAAAAGAUGAAAUUGUAAUAGCAAAGGCAAGUC